UUUCAACAAUGGCAACAUUGCUUGUGAAAGCUAUCACGUUUGCAAUGACCAACAAGAAGGCAGAACGCAGUCGCAAAACUACCAUUUACAUCAAGCAGAUAUCCAACAAAGGCAGCUGCAUCAAGGCUAUCAACAAUCUCAAGCUUAUGGAUCUUCAGCCGAGGACCACUAUGAACUGCAGCAGGCACAAUACGGUUACAAUAAUUCGAAUAUUGGUCUACCACCUGGAGCACAUUGCACUCGCCCGGGCGGCCCGAAUUUAGUUAAUAAGCAGUUAGUGCUGCCUUUCGUGCCCCCCAGUUUCCCAAACAAAUCGCAAGACGGCGUAACUCAUCUCAUAAAACCAUCCGAGUAUCUAAAGAGUAUAAGUGAUAAACGAUCGUGCCCUUCCUCUGCAAGAUCGACGGAUAGUGAGGAUUAUAUGCAUAUCCAGGUGACUAAUCAACAUGCAGCCGGCUUCGAGCCUCCGAAGCCACCACCGCCACCACCACUUCCAGUUCAUCCUGUAACACAACACAAUGAGAAGCAUAGCAAUAUGAAAACAAUGAAUUCGCACGUGUCCAUAGUCAAUCAGGAUACUGCGACGCGUAAACAACAUCAGCCACUCUCUGCCAUUUCUAUUCAGGACCUUAACAGUGUCCAGCUUCGACGAACCGAUACUCAGAAAAUGCCUAAGCCGUAUCAAAUGCCAGCACGUAGCCUUAGUAUGCAGUGUCUGACCACUUCAUCGGAAGUUUAUCUUAAGACCGACCUAAUUGCUGAAUUAAAGAUAUCAAAGGAUAUUUCAGGCAUUAAAAAGAUGAAGGUGGAAAAACAAUUAGCUGGUCAUUUUGAUUCUGAAAAUUAUUCGGAAAUUUCGAAACAGUUUACAGCCAACAAUUAUAUGGAUCAGGUAAGGACAUUUAGCACAUUUGUUUAAAG